UUAUUGCUCUCGCGUACUUUUAUAAUGUCAGACCGUUAUAGCUUCUCUUUAACGACUUUUUCGCCGUCUGGCAAGCUUGUUCAAAUCGAAUAUGCUUUAAAUGCAGUGGCCCAAGGUGUUACUAGUAUCGGUAUAAAAGCAACAAAUGGAAUUGUUAUUGCUACCGAAAAGAAAACUGCUUCACCUUUAAUUGAUGACUCGUCACUCGAAAAAGUGGCGAAUGUUUGCCCAAAUAUCGGCAUUGUUUAUUCCGGAAUGGGGCCCGAUUUCAGAGUGUUAUUAACCAAGGCAAGGAAAUCGGCACAAAAAUAUAAAAGAUUCUACAACGAAUACCCACCAACGGGAAUUUUAGUAAAGGAGGUUGCCAGCGUUAUGCAAGAAUUCACUCAGAGUUACGAUGAGACAGGCCCAGCACUAUAUCAAGUGGAUCCGUCGGGUUCAUAUUGGGCAUGGAAGGCGUCUGCUAUUGGAAAGAAUAUGGUUAAUGCUAAAACAUUUCUGGAAAAACGGUAUAAUGAUGAUAUUGAGCUUGAAGAUGCGGUUCAUACAUCAAUUCUUACACUCAAAGAGGGGUUUGAGGGUCAAAUGACCGAAAACUCGAUCGAAAUUGGUAUUAUUGGCGGUGAUACAGUGGGAUUUACGGAAGGAAAACAACAGCCUUUGUUUAGAAAACUCACACCAUCAGAA